UAAGGCAGCCUGGGUGUUGUGCCGCGGACUGGGUUAUGUGUCUUUGUGAUUUACGAGCCUGACUCCAAGCCGCAGUUCACCCAGAGUUCAUAAAGCUGCAUGCCUCCAGACUUUAUUCUCUCUCACUGCCUCUAUCGCAGCCAUCGAAACCCCUGCUUAUUAAUAAUUCUGCUGUGUUGAACUGUGUUUAAUUAAGAUUUAAAUCAGAUGUUUUUUGUUCCUUUAAUUCGCGUUUUGGCGCAGAAAAACGGCUGAACACGGUGCACAAUGGACGUCUGUAUUAUGUUGUGUUUGAUGGAGAUGGAUGAGAUUUUUAGUAGAUUGUGAUAUGAUCUUUAAAAACGUUUCCCUUUAAAAAAUGCUUACUGACAGGAUCUUGCAUUAAUAUGAUGAAGGUUGUUGUGUAUUUAUUCUCAUAGGUCUAAUCUAAUUUGAGUUAAAACAAACAAAAAACAACGGCUAUUUAAAAACACAUAAAACGAAUGUUCUUUUUAAUAUUAAAAUAUAAUUUCUAUUUAUGUCUGUAUUUUAUCCUUAGAUCAAAUUAGCAUUCAUGUGUGCUGUUUGUUUUUGGUGUCCUAUUGUUAAUAUGUAACUAUUUUAAAAGAUAAACAAAAAUACAAAAAAGAAAUCUCGUUUUAAUAAACUGAAAUAUUAUUUUUUUGCUUAUUUUAGAUGUAAUACAACAAUAAAAAAAACGCAAGAAGCCUGUUUGUAUGCCAGUGAAAUCUAAAUUAUUAUUAGGGGGAGAAUAGGGACAAUGUUUAAUUUCUUUACAACAUUUACAAUAUUUUCCUCUUAUUGGCGUUUUUUCCUCAGGGUGUAUGUCCACCAAACUCUUAUUCUCCUUUGCUUCUCAGGCUAGGAAAGGCUUGCUAUUCAUGUCAGCAUACUAUUGAGUUGAUAAGAUGGAUCAUGUGGUCUCCUCCCUGAUUUUCUCUCGGUCUUUUUUUCUGGAUCCUCUCAGGCCAGAAGCUGCAGGGCUCUCUGGAAACCUGCCAUGUGACAUUUGGCUGCCAGCGCUGCGUCAGAAGGUCAAAGGGGAACCCCGGUGCACAUUUAAUGGAAAAAUGCAGAAAGGCAGUGCGAGUCAAAACAUCCAGCAGCACCGCGACCUCUUCUUCAGCGAGUCUCUAGAGGCUGUUAGCGGGUUUGGCUGCACGGCUGCACAACAUCAACAACUUGCGCAACUGGAGACGUUUGAGCGCAGGAGUUCCAAACUAAAGUUUCCUGUGAGCAAAAAGAUUUUCCCCUGGAUGAAAGAGUCCAGACCCUCCAAUCAGAAACAUGACAGGAGAAUCGCAGAGUGCACCAGCCUCGAAGAGAAGUGUCCAGGCGCGCCCCCAGCCUCCAAGAGAACGCGCACCGCGUACACGAGUGCGCAACUGGUGGAGCUCGAGAAGGAGUUCCACUUCAGCCGCUACCUGUGCAAACCGCGGCGCGUGGAGAUGGCCAGCCUGCUCAACCUGCACGAGAGGCAGAUCAAGAUUUGGUUCCAGAACCGGAGGAUGAAGCAGAAAAAGGAUGAAAGGGUGCACGGCCUCACCUCUCCCUCCUCACCCCCGUCCUCCCCCUCCGCCCCGGGCAGCCCCACUCUGUCGAGCCUGGGUUAUGUCCAUCUGGGCGGGGAUUAUCAGCCGGCCUCCCCUCCGCUCAAGUCCCUGCAACAGCAGUCCCAGCCGGCAUACCCGGGAGAAUACUCCAAAUAUCCCGCUGCAGGCUUUACGCACGGCCCGCAGUUUAACAUGCAGUACGACACGCACACCGACUCACUCACAACAGAACCAGAUGAGGAAAUUAACGGGUCAUAUUUUCAACAGAGCUGCACUCAGGACAGAAUCAUGCAAGCUCCAAAAUUGACUCAUCUGUAGCAGAAACAUGUCCUCACUUCUCCACAAAAACGUUUUCCCUUUAAUUUAUAAAGUUAUUCACUGAUCUGUUUUGAUGCAUGUAUUUGUUGUUCUUAAUUUGUGUAUUUAUUGGACUAAUUAUUCUAAAUAUUAGUCUUAUUUAUUUGUGACACAUUAUGUGCAGAUUUUAAAUUAAAUGUUGUAUUAAGUUUACGCAUGGGCUUUUUGUAAAUCUUUUUUUCCAGCCCUGUAGAUGUUGGCUGUUAUUUCAGCUACAUAAAUAUUUGCAAUUUGUUGAGAUUACACCAGAGUCUCCUAAAUUAAUACUCCUCAAUAUACAAAAAGACGACUGUAAAGCAGCCAAAGUGUUGGAAUAAAUGGCAACUUUUACUGUUUUUUGUUAAAGAUAGUUAGCACUUGAGGUCUAUAACAUAACAUUAACUCUUAUUUAAUUACAGGGUACUUACGGAUGAGUGUGGACAAGAUAGGUUUGUGGAAGAUAUUAAAUUAUGGUCUCUUGGUGUCGAUAGAAAGACGCCAGCAAAAAAAGGCUGUAUGGUUCUUAAAUGUGUCUUUUGUUCUUCUAUGGGCAAAGUGGGCCACACAGGCUGUCAAUCUGUAAAAAGAGCACAUGAUGGAUCACUGAAUUCACUGCACUGCCUUUGAGUCAGAGCCUGUCUGCAGGAUUCCUGUUGACGACAGGCCGGAGAAAUGUAUGGUAAUAAGCCAAAACGCCUUUUGACCGUAUGUAUGUUUAGAAAAGGAAUCCCAGCGAGUUAUUAGAGUAUCAGAAUUUCCUUUUCAAAAUAGAAAAAUAAGCUUAAUGUGUGCACAACUGACAAAACACAUUGGCUAAAACAGCAUUUAGACCGGAA